GACAACAACAACAACAAAGCACAUAGCCUCAUCACAGCCUAUGAUGUAGUAGUAACGGUGCUCCUUUACAAGUAAGAAAACAAAGCCCUAAGGAGGGUAAGGAACUUGCUUUAAGUCACGCAGUGAGUUGACAAGGACCCAGGUCUUGGUGCUGAAUAAGAAUCCCUCCGGGGGAGACAUGGAUCAGAAACAGUGUUAAUGGUGAGGUGGGGGCAUUGGGCUUCUGAGGUCGGGAUAAGUGAUCCAUGCGGCUGGGGCAGGAGCCGGAAGCCCAUCCUGAGGUCUAACCCCAUUUUUCCUCCUCAAGUCCCUCCAUCAGCCUGCAGCAUGGCCCCACUGUUCCUGCCCCUGCUGGCAGCACUGGCUCUGGCCCCGGUCCCUGCGGCCUUGGCUGAUGCUCUGGAAGGGGACAGCUCAGAGGACCGGGCCUUCCGCGUGCGCAUCGCCGGCGACGCGCCGCUGCAGGGCGUGCUGGGUGGCGCCCUCACCAUCCCGUGCCACGUUCACUACCUGCGGCCGCCGCCGAGCCGCCGGGCCGCGCUGGGCUCCCCGCGGGUCAAGUGGACCUUCCUGUCUCGGGGCCGGGAGGCCGAGGUUCUGGUGGCGAGGGGGCUGCGCGUCAAGGUGAGCGAGGCCUACCGGUUCCGCGUGGCACUGCCUGGGUACCCGGCGUCACUCACCGAUGUCUCCCUGGUGCUGAGCGAGCUGCGGCCCAACGACUCCGGCAUCUACCGCUGCGAGGUUCAGCACGGCAUCGAUGACAGCAGCGACGCUGUGGAGGUCAAGGUCAAAGGGGUUGUCUUUCUCUACCGAGAGGGCUCUGCCCGCUACGCUUUCUCCUUCACUGGGGCCCAGGAAGCCUGUGCCCGCAUCGGAGCCCGAAUCGCCACUCCGGAGCAGCUCUAUGCCGCCUACCUCGGGGGCUAUGAACAGUGUGAUGCUGGCUGGUUGUCUGACCAGACUGUGAGGUAUCCCAUCCAGACUCCACGAGAGGCCUGUUAUGGAGACAUGGAUGGCUUCCCUGGGGUCCGGAACUAUGGAGUGGUAGACCCAGAUGACCUCUAUGAUGUCUACUGUUAUGCUGAAGAAUUAAAUGGAGAGCUGUUUCUGGGUGCCCCUCCAGACAAGCUGACAUUGGAGGAGGCACGUGCGUACUGCCAGGAGCGGGGUGCCGAGAUUGCAACCACGGGCCAGCUGUAUGCAGCCUGGGAUGGUGGCCUGGACCGCUGCAGCCCAGGCUGGCUGGCUGAUGGCAGUGUGCGCUACCCCAUCGUCACACCCAGCCAGCGCUGUGGUGGGGGCCUCCCUGGUGUCAAGACUCUUUUCCUCUUUCCCAACCAGACGGGCUUCCCCAACAAGCACAGCCGCUUCAACGUCUACUGCUUCCGAGACUCUACUCAGCCCUCUGCCAUCCCUGAGGCCUCCAAUCCAGCCUCUGAUCUGGCCUCUGAUGCACUGGAAGCAAUUGUCACAGUGACAGAGACCCUGGAGGAGCUGCAGCUGCCUCAGGAAGCUGUGGAGAGUGAGUCCCGAGGAGCCAUCUACUCCAUUCCUAUCAUGGAAGAUGGAGGAGGUGGAAGCUCCACUCCAGAAGACCCAGCAGAGGCCCCGAGGACCCUUCUAGAGUUUGAAACCCAAUCCAUUGUAACCCCCCUGGGGUCCUCAGAAGAGGAAAGCCAAGUGUUGGAGGAAGAAGAGAAAUUCGAGGAAGAAGAAGAGGAGGAGGUGGAGGAUAAGGCCCUGUGGGCCUGGCCCAGCGAGCCUGGCAGUCUGCACCCAGAAGCCACUCUCCCCACCGAGCCAGCUCCAGAGGAGUCACUCUUCCAGGCAUCCCCACCAGCAAGGGCAGUCCUACAGCCUGGUGCAUCAUCACCUCCUUAUGGAGAGCCAGAGGCUCCCAGGCCUCCAAGGGUCCUUGGACCACCCACGGAGACCCCACCCACUCCCAGGGAGGGGAACCUGGCAUCCCCACCAUCUUCCACUCUGGUUGGGGCAAGAGACAUAGGGGUGGAUACUGGGGGUCCUGAGCUGUCUGGGGUCCCUCGAGGAGAGAGUGAAGAGACAGGGAGCUCCGAGGAUGCCCCUUCCAUGCUUCCAGCCACACUGGCCCCUGAGGGUACCAGGGAGCUGGAGAUCCCCUCUGAAGAACAUUCUGGAAGAACUGUCCCAGCAGGGACUUCAGUGCGGGCUCAGCCGGUGCUGCCCACUGACAGUGCCAGCCGUGGUGGAGUGGCCGUGGCCCCCUCAUCAGGUGACUGUGUCCCCAGCCCCUGUCACAAUGGUGGGACGUGCUUGGAGGAGGAGGAGGGGGUCCGCUGCCUAUGUUUGCCUGGCUAUGGGGGGGACCUGUGCGAUGUUGGCCUCCGCUUCUGCAGCCCCGGCUGGGACUCCUUCCAGGGCGCCUGCUACAAGCACUUUUCUAAGCGAAAGAGCUGGGAAGAGGCGGAAAACAAGUGCCGGAUGUACGGCGCGCACCUGGCCAGCAUCAGCACGCCGGAGGAACAGGACUUCAUCAACAAUCAAUACCGGGAGUACCAGUGGAUUGGGCUCAACGAUAGGACCAUCGAAGGCGAUUUCCUGUGGUCAGAUGGCGUCCCCUUGCUCUAUGAGAACUGGAACCCAGGGCAGCCAGACAGCUACUUCCUGUCCGGAGAGAACUGCGUGGUUAUGGUGUGGCACGAUCAGGGACAAUGGAGCGAUGUGCCCUGCAACUACCACCUGUCCUACACCUGCAAGAUGGGGCUGGUGUCCUGUGGGCCCCCACCGGAGCUGCCCCUGGCUCAAGUGUUUGGCCGUCCACGGCUGCGCUAUGAAGUAGACACCGUGCUUCGUUACCGGUGCCGGGAGGGACUGACCCAGCGCAACCUGCCACUGAUCCGCUGCCAGGAGAAUGGUCUCUGGGAGACCCCUCAGAUCUCUUGUGUGCCCCGCAGGCCUGCUCGAGCUCUGCACCCAGUAAAGGCCCCAGAGGAACGUCAGAGGAGGCUACUGGGGCACUGGAAGGCACGGUCGACCCCCCCUCCCAAUCCUGCUUCGGGUCCCUAAGGGGCAAGGCACUGCCCUCUGUCCCCAACCCUCCCUCGACCCCAUGCUCUUCCCACCACAGGGAGUGACAACAUGAGAGAUGUGGAGCUGAAGUCCAGGUGAUAUUGCCUGGAGGAGCUUCUGGGAAAUACCUGGACAGCCCCAGCCCUGCCUUAGGCCCUCUCACCCCUACCCUGGGCUUCAGGUUUUUCCCUCAGGGUCUCCAGGAGGUCCCAAAGUGCCUCAACUGCCCUCUCCUUGCGAGCUGUCCGGACCCCUCCAUUCCCCUGGGUAUGUGGAGGGGGCACUGUGCCCACUCAUUCUUGGUUUUCCAAGAGAGUGGAGUACCUGUGAAACCAGCAGGAAAUAAAGCUGCAUUUGAGCCCAA